AUGAACGUGCACUGGAAGCCUCGCGGCGGCGCACAGGCGUCGGUUGGAAUCAUCAACGCCGUCGAGUUUGAUCCGGACGUGGAGCUGCUUUGGGUCAGCGACAGCUUUGGCCGGCUGAUGAGCUUCACGACGCAGAGCCAGACGAAUACGCUCACCUGGACUACGUACUCAUCCUUCUUGGCGUCAACACGGCCGAUCUCCGGCAUUUUUUUUCUUCCGCUGGGCGGAGAAAAAAUUGUAACUGUGGCGGAUCACAACGUCAUUCGCGGGUACAAACGGGGCGGUGCUCUUUUCAUGUGCCGCUCGUUGCCUCCGCAGUCACAGGACUACAUUGAGCUUUUCCAGGCGCAUGGAGAAACGGGGGUUGUCAGCUUCACCGGUAACGCCGGGCUAACGCGCUUCUCGAUUGGUAACGAGGGCAAUGACGGCGUUGUCACGGUGCCGCUGGGCGAAUCAAAGGUGGUCGCGUUGCAUCAGACGGAGAAGUGGGUUGUCACGGGCAGCAUCUCUGGCAGCAUCGUUGUUCGUGACAGCAGCGACCUUCAGUUAGUGGGUGCAGUGCCCUCUUCGCGACGCCGCGUGUUGGCUAUGGAUGCGUACGACAACACCGUCGUGGCCGCCAUGGUGGAGCGUUCCAUGACAAGCAGUGUGCGCGUGUAUGAUCUACGUAAGUUGUCUGAGCCGGUCAUAACAAUUGGUGGAAUUCCUUCUGACAGCGUCUCGCAGUUGCGUCGUUACCGCGAUUCAUUUGGCAUCUCCGCGGACCGAGCGUUUGUUCUGACGCCGUGCGGCUUUCACAUUCUGCAGAUGGACCAGACAUCCCCAGUUUUUAAUUCCAACGGAAUGGUGGGGGACUUCUGUACAUCUGUUAGCAUCUCGCCAAAUGGCAUGUGUGCUGCCAUUGGGAACGACAAGGGCUAUUUCAUUGCGCUUGCUCAUCCGGCCACGCGUGAGGAUUAUGUCAUGUCCCGCUUUGAGCAGCCACGACGACCAGUGAACCCCGUCUUCACGCAGAGCUGGGCUGAGAAGAAGGAGGGCGACACAUUUGCGUUCUUUGAUGAGUCCGUUCCACCUGCAGAGCUCGCCUCCAACUGGCCACCCGACAAUUAUAUGAUUCUUUCCGUCCCUGCACCCACACGCUGCCUUAGCGUGGAGUCCCGCACUAUUUUGCAGAAUCGCUGGGGAUUUCUUCGCGCCGAUUCAUACCUGCCCGACCCAAAGGACAAAAUGGCACUGAAUUUACCAGACCCUUUUCCGUUCAACCUGGAGCUUGGCGACGACCCGGCGGCAGUGCAAGGGCUACUGCAGGAAAUGAAAAAGAACCAAAAACGACGCUACUUUGAAUUUCGCGAUGUUGCUGCCGGGGAAUACGCACCGCUUGAACCGGCGAGUCAUGUGUGUUAUAGUUCACAUCACCGUUUUGACUGGGAAAACUACAAUGCAAUUCCGCAAGAAGUCGUUGGCUUGGACAACAGCUUCCCCGAGUGUUGGAUUACGACGCUGUUGCAAUCGCUUUACCUCUGCCAUUUGCCGGAGUGCCCCGUGCGCAAAGUCCUUUUGCACCACCUAUGCACCAGGGAGUACUGCGUCGCGUGUGAAACAUCAUUUAUAUUUGCGAAUAUGAUGAUGACCUCCGCGUCAGGGCUUAAUCCCAUUGUGCAGGUUGCCAAUCUGAUCCGCACUAUGUAUAAGGUGCCUGCAACGGCCUCCCUUUUUGAACCCGUUAAAUCUCGUGAUGAGGCGAUAAAGCGGAUGCACACGGCACAGUUGACUCUUCUUGAGGCGCUGCAUCGAGGACUGCAGGAUGAGAAGGCAUACCCCUUCAUGGACCACAAACCUCCAUGCAAUGACUUUGAGCAUUCCAUUGCGUAUCUCUUUGGCACGGAGUUCUCUUCUGGUGGAAGAGUCCACUUGGAGCCGCAGUUCUACUGGGAUGUUCCUUCCUCCGCACUCAAAGUGAAUGAGGGGCUGCAGCAUUUACUCAAGCAGAUUGAGUCAUACAGAGAUCAGGUUCAGAUCAAACGUUUACCGCCUAUUAUUGUAUUACGACUGAACCCAGAGGGGGGGACGCUAAAGCCGCCGAGGUGUUUGCAUAUAUCCCGCGAAGCGCAGGAGGAUUCCAACUACGUCCUGUGCAGUAACAUCAUUCACCUCUCGGAUGACGCCGAUGACCCUGGGAGUUUUGUGAGUCACCAGCGUAUUCUGGAUGAUCGCUUUAGUUUGGUGAACGAUUAUCGUGUGACGGCACCAAUGGAGGAGGAGGAACUGGAAGAAUCGAUGCCUGCAUUCCACUCCCAUCGUGCCGUGGUAGCAUAUUAUGCCCUCGAUAAACUGACAGCGCCGCCCUACAGUUUACACGAUGGUAACCGUCCGCCAAACAUGUUUGAGGUGCUUGGGCCGCUGCUUGUUAAUGAUGUUCUUGCGAAGCCCCUGCAGCGCGACCCAUCAGCGCAACGGUUUAAGUCUCCAUUGGCAUCGUUCUACGAGAUCAAACCCAACGAUUUGAUCGCAAUUGAUGCGGAGUACGUGGUUCUGAGCUGGAACAGUCGGUGCAUCGAUGCGGGAAUGGAAGUCAAAUUGUCGCAUAAGACGCACAUGGCUCUGGCACGUUUGAGUUGCGUGCUCAGCAGUGCCCCAGGGGAUGAAAGAACGAUUGUCGAUGAUUAUGUGCACACACCGGAAGUUAUUGAGGACUACGUGACGCAGUACAGUGGUAUUCAUCCCGGGGAUCUGGACCCGCUUAAAUCUACAAAGUGCUUGACGAGCCGCAAAGCAACGUACUUGAAGCUGCGUGCCUUGGUGGAUCGUGGUGUGAUAUUUGUGGGUCACGGUUUGUACCAGGACUUUCGUGUGUGCAACAUUGCGGUCCCUCCAGAACAAAUCAUUGAUACUCUCAUGAUGUUUCACAAGCCUGGCGGCCGGUAUCUUUCGCUCCGCUUUCUUGCCUACCAUGUUCUGGGGGAGCGUGUGCAAGAAGACGAGCACGACUCUGUUGAGGAUGCGCGCACCUCAUUGCGCCUGUACCGCAAGUACCAGCAGCUGGUGAGUGAAGGGACAUUUGACGCCGUCCUGGACAAACUGCUGGCAACCGGAGCGGAGACAAGUUGGUACGUUCCAGAGGGCCGUGAUGCCUUUGGCGCGUCUCCUGCUCUCUUUGCUAGCAUACCGGGCUCGCUACUAUUUCCAGAGUCUCCCUCAACGCUGGUACCGGCAGAGGCCGCUAAGGACGAUGAAUUCCCCUCCGCAUCGUAA